AUGGAGGUCGUCUCUCCAGGGGCGACGAAUGGCGUCCCAUCGCCGACAGCCUCGAUGACUGUUGAUCCUGAAGUCGUGCUUCACUAUCUGGCUGAAGUCAUCCAGGGAACGCUUGGAGCGUUAAGGAGAGACCUUGAAAGCAGUGGAAGUUUACUUUCACAAGCAAAGUACUCCGAGACACUCCAGCGAUGCGGACGCUUUGCCUCUGAAGCGCAGAUAGCCCUAUAUGCGCAUAAAGAUACUAUUGUGCCGGAGCAAGCCAAUGGAUCAGACGAUGAGACAGAGGACAGUCACUAUGUCUACACUCUCAGCUCGGAGCUAUCCAUAUCCCCAACCACCACGGCAGCUAUGGCGGUCUUCAAGCCCGGACAGCCUAUCGACCCUGCCGUUCCCCUUUACUCACAGAUUCAGGUCCUUACACUCCCUGGAUUUGCUUCGUUAAAUAAUUCAACCACCCCACAGGGGCCGCCGAUUUCGCCGUAUGAGAUCAUAUACUCCUUUGUUCAUCAUGGUCUAUCACCAUACUACGAAGCGUGCACUCGUGGGCAUGACAGUGCCCAAGGGUCGAAGGGAAGGAAUGACACCGAUCCUAAGACCGGAGAGGUUCGUGCGAAGCAGAAGUUUGCAGAGCUUGAGCUUGCCCUGUCGCAUCUACAACAGAACAUUGAGAUACCUGCGCUUAGCCUUCCGUUGCACGAAAUUGUGCAGGCCGCUCUCGAUGAAGCUCAAAGCAGGGGCAUUGAACCGUCUGUCGAGCUUGUGCCCGCCGGUGUCUUGGACAACCAUGCAGUUAUAAACAGCAUACAAAAUAAUGUGAAUGGGUGGAUAAAGUCGAUUCAAGCUAUUACGAAAAUGUCUCGAGACCCUGAUAAUGGAUCUGCAGUUCAAGAGAUCAAUUUCUGGCUAUCCAUGGAGACUGCACUUGAAGGUAUCGAGACUGCGCUACGAGAUGCUGGAGUGCAACUUACUAUGGAUGUUCUUCGACACGCAAAACGGUUUUCCACCACUCUCAGUUUCUCCGCUGAUACUGGGCUAAAGGAAGCAAUGGAAACGGUACAGAAAUAUAAUCAGCUUCUCCGGGAUUUCCCUCUAGAUGAGCUAGAGUCUGCAACGUCUCUUCAGAAGGUUCAAGAAGCGCUGAAUCUCAUAUUCUCGCACUUGAACAAAAAGCUGCGCAUUUGCCCGUAUCCGAUAAAACGAGCUCUAUCUCUCGUUGCGGCGAUUUCUGGAGACCUGGACGCGACCAUUCAAAAACUGAUACCCGGACGGAGUAUUAUGCAUUAUGACUACACCGAAUUCCACUCACUCAUGCGUGCUGCUCAGAUUGUCUGGCGAACCUGGGACGAAAACAUCAAAGAAUUUACCAACGUCGCCCGUGAUGCUAUGAGACGACGCAAUGAGAAAUUUAUUCCCAUCAAGGUUAAACCAAGGCAUGCCGAAACUCAGGACCGACUCAAGUUUAUCAACACUUUCCGUACGAACCAUGAGCAACUCCAGCGAACGAUCAUCAACGUGCUUGGCACAAAAUCGAAUCAGGGGGGAGCAUCCCUGUCUACUGGAGCGGAUAAUUCGACUACCCUGGAAGAGUUUGGUGAUGUCGACGCUGUGGAGCAAGUUACUCAGGCAUACAAUGCUCUAAAGGACGUGAAUGUUCUUGACGUCAGCCCAGAAGGAACUCAAGCAUGGAUCCAAGCAGAAUCUGCCUACAACGAGCGCACUUCUCGCGUCGAAAAUUUGAUGAUUGCUCGGCUACGUGAUAAACUUGCUACAGCUCAGAAUGCCAACGAGAAAUUCCGAGUCUUUUCGAAAUUCAAUGCAUUGCUCGUUCGACCAAAGAUUAGGAGUGCUAUUGGCGAGUACCAAACAAAGCUUAUUGACAAUGUGAAGCAGGACAUCGCAGCAUUGCAUGAACGGUUCAAGCAGCAGUAUGGUCACUCAGAAGCCCACGCAAUGGCACAGCUCCGAGAUCUACCCCCUGUCUCGGGAGCUAUCAUUUGGGCUCAACAGAUAGAACGACAAUUAGAUGGCUAUAUGCGAAAGGUUGAGGAUGUCCUUGGUGAAGACUGGGAUCUGCAUGCGGAUGGGCAAAAGCUGCAGGCUGAGAGUAAUAUGUUCCGCAAGAAGUUAGAUACUAGACCAGUGUUCCAGGCCUGGGUACAAGAUGUCAAACGACGGAAUAUUGCCAUCUCCGGCCGAUUGUUCGUUAUUACUCGAAAUCGCGCUGCCGGAAACUCCCUUGAAUUAGCUGUUAACUUCGACGCCCAAAUCAUUGCCCUUUUCAAGGAGGUCCGGAAUCUUGUUUGGCUGAACUUCCAAAUUCCACAUGCUAUCACUAGCGUUUCGAAGGAAGCUAAACGCGUCUAUCCGUUUGCAAUUAGCUUGAUGGAGAGUGUUCGAACACUACAUCAAACUAUCAGGGCGAUUGCGUCUAUGUCACAGUCUGCGAUCUUACUCAAUGGCUAUCAAAACGAUGUCCAGGCGCUAAUAGUAAAGGGCCUUCCUUUACGAUGGGAGUCUUUUAUCCAUUCUUAUGAGAUUCAUGUCAAACAAGGGCUUGCGAACGGAUCCACAGACCCGUCUGUUAGUUCUGGUCGCGGUGAGAGCAAACAUGUUCAAUUCGUCCGUGAAUUUGCAAUCUCGACCUCUGUCUUGCAAUCGAAGACAGCAACCCUGUCCACUAUGGACGAUAAUAUUCAGAAAGCAAUUCUUGCGCUGAAGACCUGUCCGUACGACGUGGCUGUCUUCCGUAACCGCAUCGAUCAAAUUCAGAUUGCAAUAGAUAAACUCAACCUGGAGAACUACGCUAAUCUUGGAUACUGGGUUGCAAAUCUCAAUAGUAAGAUCGAAACAAUCCUUCAAGACCGGCUUCGGAGUGCCAUUCGACGUUGGAUUGCGUCCUUUCAAUAUGCUGGAGAUGAGCAAUCUACAGCGGGCAACACCAUCGAAACAAGCGGCAAUGGAGAGGAGCAGGACACGUCGUAUAUCCAGUUCCCAAAGUCUCUCCACGAGAUUUCGAUGAAAAACCAGGUCAUGCAUCUUGACCCACCACUGGAGUAUGCAAGAGCUUCGUGGUUUGCUCAUUUCGAUGAAUGGGUCGGCGUCCUUUGUAACUUGGAGAAGAUCAAGUCCUCGAGAUAUAAGAUGUCGAUCCAUGCUGACAACGGAUCUUAUUCUGAAACCCACUUUUCUGACAUUCCACAAUACUGUUCUGAAGAGCUGGGUGAAGUGUACUCACUUAUCGAAGCACGGCUGGAGGAGAUCUCAGAGUAUGUGGAUAAAUGGCUUCAGUUCCAGUCAUUAUGGGACCUUCAGUCAUCUCAUGUUUACGAUAUUCUCGGGGAGGACCUGUCUCAGUGGCUUCAGCUACUACAUGAAAUCCGCAAAAGCCGCGGAACAUUCGACACAUCCGAGGUUCGCCGCUCAUUCGGAAAUGUUCGCAUCGAUUAUGAGCAAGUCCAGACAAAGGUCAACGCAAAGUACGACCAAUGGCAGCGGGAGAUUCUCCUUAAGUUUGCAGGAAAACUAGGAGCCCGUAUGCGAGAUGUUCAUGCAGAACUGGAGGCAGCACGACGGGACCUAGAAGGGCAGUCACUGGAAGCUUCUUCCACUGCCCAAGCCGUUUCAUUUAUUACCAUUGUCCAGCAAUGCAAGAGAAAGGCUAAACUUUGGGAACCUGAGAUUGACUUGUUCCUACAAGGCCAAGCAACACUUAUUCGACAGAGAUAUCAGGCUCCUAGUGAUUGGCUUCCUGCUGAUCGAGUUUCUGGAGAGUGGGAUGCUCUCAAUGAGAUAUUGGAACGCAGAAGCAAAACCGUGCAGGAUCAGACAGAUGCGCUUAGGGCCAAAAUAUCCGCGGAAGACAGGGUCAUUAAUGAGAAGAUUGCUGAAGCCGUCAACCAAUGGAACGAAGAAAAGCCCGUUUCAGGAUCAACUCCCCCUGAAGAGGCUUCCGCCACACUUAGCUAUUUCCAAUCCCGCCUUGAGAAAUUACAAUCUGAGUCCGAAAUGGUGUCAAAAGCCAAGGAAGCUCUCGAUCUUCCUAGCAGCCCCGAAACUACACUUGCUGCCAUUCUUGAGGAAGUACAAGAUUUCAUGGCUGUAUGGGCUGCCCUGUCUACUAUUUGGAAGAGUUUAAAUGAACUACGUGAUACGCUCUGGAAUAGCAUCCAACCACGAAAACUUCGCCAGUCUCUAGAUGGAUUGAUAAAAAUGACAAAGGAAAUGCCGAGUCGAAUGCGCCAAUACGCUGCUUUUGAACAUAUACAAAAUGUUCUACGCGGCUUCCUAAAAGUCAACCCGUUACUCGCGGACAUGAAAUCUGAGGCUGUUAGGGAGCGCCAUUGGCAAAAGAUUUUCAAGGCCCUCAAACCAGGAAAGCGGUUCUCACAAAUAUCAAUGACCCUGGGGGAUGUCUGGGAUCUUCAACUCGGACCCAGUGAAUCAGUUAUCCGGGACAUCAUUACACAGGCUCAGGGAGAGAUGGCACUGGAAGAGUUUUUGCGAAGCGUUCGCGAAACUUGGCAGAGUUAUACCUUGGAUCUUGUGAACUACCAAAACAAAUGUCGCUUGAUUCGUGGAUUUGAUGAUCUAUUUGCUAAAUGUAGUGAAAAUCUGAACUCUCUCCAGGCAAUGAGACAUUCUCCCUACUUCAAGGAAUUUGAGGAAGAGGCCACGACUUGGGAAGACAAACUCACUAGGAUACAUGUCCUUUUCGAUGUUUGGAUCGAUGUCCAAAGACAGUGGGUUUAUCUUGAAGGAGUGUUCACUGGAAAUGCUGAUAUCAAACAUCUUCUGCCCCUUGAGUCCGGAAGGUUCCAAAACAUCAACUCGGAAUUCUUUGCAGUCAUGAAAAAGGUCUACAAAUCCCCUCUGAUACUCGAUGUCCUUGCUAUUACUGGCGUCCAAAAGUCGCUUGAAAGGCUUGCAGAGUUGCUUCACAAGAUUCAAAAGGCACUAGGUGAAUACCUCGAAAAAGAACGUGUGUCGUUUCCACGCUUCUAUUUCGUCGGAGACGAGGAUCUCCUUGAAAUAAUUGGCAACAGCAAUGAUACCCUUCGGGUUGCAAAGCAUUUCAAGAAGAUGUUCGCCGGACUCUCUGGCCUUCUCAUUGAUGACGAUGGAAACAUCAUUGGUGUUAGCUCAAAGGAAGGAGAGGAAGUCAUGUUGAAGCGUGAAGUGUCGUUAGUGAAGACACCUCGUAUCAAUGAUUGGCUUACUGCACUGGACAACAACGUGAAAUUGACGCUUGCCGAACUGUUAACGGAGGCAAUUGAGCAAUUUGAGCCUAUCUACAGUGCUUCGGAAGUCGACUCCACCGCUUUCCAAGACUAUAUCGCAAACUAUCCAGCUCAAAUCGUGGUUUUGGGCAGUCAGGUAGUGUGGACGAAUGCUGUUCAAAAAGCACUUGAAGCUGGCGGUGGUGGAUUACAAGCAUUGUAUGAUGCUGAGGUUAGGGUACUUGACAUCCUCGCGCUCACUGUUCUCGGAGAUCUAGAUGCCAUUACGCGCAAAAAAUGUGAACAUCUAAUCACUGAAUUCGUUCACCAAAGAGAUGCAAUUACAAAACUCAUGAGCUUCAAUGCCUCGUCACCAACUCAUUACCUGUGGCUCCUACAGAUGCGAUACGUCUACCAGCCAAGUGGAGAUUUCUUGCAGCGUCUCCAUGUCUGCAUGGCGAAUGCAAAGCUAAGCUACGGUUUCGAGUAUCUAGGUGUUCCAGAACGCCUUGUCCGCACACCACUUACAGACCGAUGCUUCUUAACCCUUACGCAAGCACUUUGCCAAAGAUUAGGUGGAUCUCCCUAUGGGCCAGCUGGAACUGGUAAGACGGAAUCCGUGAAAGCACUUGGUUUGCAACUUGGUCGUUUCACUCUUGUAUUCUGUUGCGACGACACGUUCGAUUUCCAAGCAAUGGGUAGAAUCUUCCUAGGUAUCUGCCAGGUAGGUGCCUGGGGUUGUUUCGACGAGUUUAAUCGUCUUGAAGAGCGAAUCUUGUCCGCGGUCUCACAGCAAAUUCAAAAUAUCCAAAUAGGAUUGAAGAAUAGUGAAGACGAAACAAAGGCUCAGAUUGACCUUGUCGGACGACAGUUACGAGUUAACAUGAACACCGGAAUUUUCAUUACCAUGAACCCUGGAUAUGCUGGCCGUUCGAACUUACCAGAUAACUUGAAGAAACUCUUCCGAAGUGUUGCCAUGUCCAAGCCCGAUAAAGAACUUAUCGCUGAAGUCAUGCUCUUUUCACAAGGCUUCAAACAAGCAAAAGCCCUUUCCAGGCAAACUGUACCCUUCUUCGAUCACUGCGCCAGCCGCCUUUCAAAACAAGCCCAUUAUGAUUUCGGGCUUCGUGCUUUAAAGAGCGUUCUGGUCAGCUCUGGUGGCCUUAAGCGACUUAGACUUGCAAGUUCAGAUGGAGAUAUUGGGCCUGAUGAACACAUUGAACCACAGAUCAUUGUUCAGAGUAUCCGGGAAACAAUUGCGCCAAAACUCAUUCGGGAAGAUGUUGAAACUCUGCUUGAGAUUCAAGCUGGUGAUUUCCCUGGAGUUGAAUACGUCCCAGCAAACUUCGAGAAACUCACUCAAGCUAUUAAAGAUAUCGCCGCUGAAAACCAUUAUGUUGCCUCAGACAUUUGGAUUGCUAAGAUAUUGCAGCUAUACCAGAUUCAAGGCAUUCAUCAUGGUGUGAUGAUGGUAGGCAGCUCUGGAUCAGGCAAGAGUGCAGCAUGGAAAGUUCUCCUACAGGCCCUUCAACGCGUCGAGGGCAUAGAAGGCGUUUCUCACAUCAUCGACUCCAAAGUUAUGUCUAAAGAAGCUUUGUAUGGAAACCUCGACAACACUACUCGUGAAUGGACCGACGGCCUUUUCACUGGCAUUCUCCGAAAGGUUGUGGACAAUCUUCGAGGUGAGGACUCUAAACGUCACUGGAUUGUGUUCGAUGGAGAUGUCGACCCUGAAUGGGUUGAAAAUCUCAACAGUGUUCUUGACGAUAACAAGCUCCUUACUCUACCCAAUGGUGAGCGAUUAAAUCUUCCUCCAAACGUUAGAGUGAUGUUCGAGGUCGAAAACCUUAAGUAUGCCACUCUCGCUACUGUCAGUCGCUGUGGUAUGGUUUGGUUCAAUGAUGACACUGUUACUUCAACUAUGAUGAUCACAAACUACGUGGAGUCUCUCAAGGAGAAAAUAUUCGAGGACUUGGAUGAUGACAGUGUUCCUGCUGGGCAGUCUUCCGCAAAAACUAUGGCAACUCAAGGCGCCAUUGCAACAUUCCUUGGGGAGCUUCUACUAAGAGACGAUGUUAUACUCAACGCACUACAAGAGGCCAGAAAAUACACGCAUAUCAUGGAAUAUAGUGAUAUUCGGGCCCUUGGCACUUUGUUCAGCUUGCUAAACAAAGCUUGCCGGAAUAUUCUAGAAUAUAACAUUCAACAUGUCGACUUUCCCUUAGAACCUGAGCAGGCAGAGUCAUACAUGUCGAAAAAACUUCUUCUAGCACUUGUAUGGUCACUGACUGGCGAUUGUCCUCUUGGCGAGCGGAAGCAAUUUGGUGAAUAUGUGGUUGCUUUCUCGUCAACCGAUACCCCUCUACUAGGUGAUUCUGCAUCACUGAUUGAUUAUGAUGUUUCAUUACCCAAGGCUGAAUGGACUCCAUGGCAGUCUCAAGUGCCUUCUAUCGAGAUUAAUACUCACUCGGUGACACAGACAGAUGUUAUCAUUCCAACUCUUGAUACCGUCCGUCAUGAGGAUGUCCUCUACUCAUGGCUUGCUGAGCAUAAACCACUCCUUCUUUGCGGUCCACCAGGUUCCGGAAAGACGAUGACUCUGUUCUCAGCCUUAAGAAAACUACCGAAUAUGGAGGUUGUUGGCCUCAACUUUUCUAGUGCUACCACACCCGACUUACUUAUCAAAACUUUCGAACAAUACUGUGAAUACAAGAAAACAUUGAAUGGCGUGGUAAUGUCUCCUAGUCAAAUUGGUCGCUGGCUCGUCAUUUUCUGUGAUGAAAUCAACCUUCCAGCUCGUGAUCAUUAUGGAACUCAACGUGCAAUCUCAUUCCUAAGGCAGUUAGUCGAACAGAACGGCUUUUGGCGAACCUCAGACAAGACAUGGAUUACUCUCGAUAGAAUCCAAUUUGUUGGUGCUUGUAACCCUCCAACCGAUGCAGGCCGAACACCCUUGGGGGAGCGGUUCCUCCGCCAUGCGCCCUUGGUUAUGGUCGACUAUCCUGGCGAAAUAUCCUUGUUGCAGAUUUAUGGUACAUUCAACUCCGCAGUUCUCAAAAUCAUACCAAUGCUCCGAGGAUACUCCGAGGCUCUCACAAAGGCUAUGGUACAGUUCUACCUAGAGUCCCAGGCCAGAUUCACCACCAAGAUUCAACCCCACUAUGUUUAUUCUCCGCGUGAAUUGACUAGAUGGGUCCGUGGUGUAUAUGAAGCAAUCAAGCCACUUGAAAACCUGUCCAUUGAAGGCCUGGUCCGAAUCUGGGCACACGAAGCCCUACGAUUAUUUCAGGAUAGGCUCGUGGAUGAAAGCGAACAACAGUGGACUGCUGAGUCGGUCAAGCGGAUUGCCCUAGAACAUUUCCCCAAUAUUGAUGAGAAUGCAGCCUUGAGCUCGCCAAUUCUGUUUUCGAACUGGUUAUCCAAAAACUACGUUCCUGUGGAGCAAGAGCAACUACGAGAUUUUGUCAAGGCGCGACUACGCACAUUCUGUGAGGAAGAAGUUGACGUUCCUCUUGUACUCUUCAAUGAUGUUUUGGAACAUGCUCUGCGCAUCGACAGAGUAUUCCGUCAGCCCCAAGGGCAUCUUAUUUUAAUUGGAGUAAGCGGCAGUGGCAAGACUACAUUAUCUCGAUUCGUUGCCUGGAUGAAUGGUCUCAAAGUCUUCCAGAUCAAAGUACACGGGAAAUAUUCUGGCGAGGACUUCGACGAAGACCUUAGGAGUGUCCUCCGUAGAGCCGGAUGCAAAGGCGAGAAGAUAUGCUUCAUCAUGGAUGAAGCAAAUGUACUGGAUUCCGGGUUUUUGGAGCGAAUGAACACUCUUCUCGCAAACGCCGAAGUCCCUGGCCUGUUUGAGGGUGACGAAUUUGCUUCCCUGAUGACGGCUUGUAAGGAGGGUGCACAACGACAAGGCCUACUUCUUGAUUCUCAAGAAGAGCUUUACAAAUGGUUUACUCAACAAAUUGUCAACAACCUUCACGUUGUCUUUACUAUGAACCCCCCUGAAGAUGGCUUAUCUUCUAAGGCGGCAACUAGUCCUGCGCUCUUCAACAGAUGUGUGCUCAACUGGAUGGGAGAUUGGUCUGACCAGGCAUUGUACCAAGUCGGAUAUGAACUCACGCAGUCAGUCGACCUUGACAAGCCGAACUUCGUUGCCCCGGAUAGCAUACCAGUUGCAUACCGUGGCCUUUCCCUCCCUGCCUCUCACCGUGAUACUGUGGUCAAUGCCAUGGUUUAUGUACACUAUUCGUUACAUAGGUUUAACCAACGGCUCCAGAAACAGCAGGACAAGUCAACAUACCUUACCCCUCGUCACUAUCUCGAUUUUGUGGCGCACUACGUUAAGCUGUUUAAUGAAAAACGUGAGGAUCUGGAAGAGCAACAGAGGCAUCUCAACGUUGGUCUUGAAAAACUUCGGGACACCGUUGAUAAAGUACGAGAUCUAAGGGCUAGUUUGGCUCAAAAGAAGAAUCAGCUUGAAAAGAAAGAUGCUGAGGCCAAUGAGAAACUCCAGCGAAUGGUUGCUGACCAACGGGAAGCUGAACAGCGUAAAUCGGCAUCGCUUGAAAUUCAGACAGCAUUGGAGAAGCAAGAGAAGGAAGUCGCCAGUCGAAAAGAAAUUGUGCUCAACGAUCUUGCUAAUGCUGAGCCAGCAGUUCUUGAGGCACAAAAGAGCGUCAGCAACAUCAAAAAGCAACAUCUGACUGAAGUGAGAUCAAUGAGCAACCCUCCAUCAGGUGUUAGGCUGGCACUUGAAUCAGUGUGUGCACUCCUAGGCCAUAAGGUAGAAAGCUGGAAAACGAUUCAAGGUAUCGUUCGCAAGGACGAUUUCAUUGCAAGCAUCGUCAAUUAUGACAACGAAAGACAAAUGACCCGUCAACUCAGAGCAAAGAUGUUAAACGAGUUCCUUUCCAAGGAGGAAUUUACAUUCGAGCGCGUCAACCAUGCAAGUAAGGCUUGUGGGCCCCUAGUACAAUGGGUGCAAGCUCAGGUUAAUUACUCCUCAAUCUUGGAUCGCGUUGGACCUCUUAGGGAAGAGGUCGGCCAGUUGGAGGAACAGGCAUUGCAAACCAAGGCGGAAGCCCAGGCAAUUGAAAAUACAAUCAACGACCUUGAGAACAGUAUAGCAACUUACAAGGUCGAAUACGCCGCCCUGAUUAGCGAAACACAAGCCAUUAAGAGCGAGAUGUCCAGAGUUGAGUUCAAGGUUGACAGGAGUGUCCGUCUUCUUGACAGUUUAUCUUCUGAAAGAUCCAGAUGGGAAGAGGGAAGCAAGACAUUCGAAACACAGAUAUCAACCCUUGUUGGCGAUGUUCUCAUUGCAGCAGCAUUCCUUGCAUAUGGUGGUCUUUACGAUCAACAGUUCAGAAAGGCGAUGAUUGACGACUGGAUGCAUCACUUAUCCCAAUCGAACAUCGACUUGAAACCACACAAUCCAGUAACGGAGUAUUUGUCGAAUGCAGACGAGAGGCUCUCGUGGCAGAGCAAUUCACUCCCCGUCGACGAUUUGUGCACGGAAAAUGCUAUCAUCCUGAAUCGCUUCAACAGAUACCCCCUAAUUAUUGAUCCCUCUGGCCGUGUUACGGAGUUCCUGGAGAAAGAGAACAGAGACAGAAAACUUACCGUGACAAGCUUCUUGGACGACUCCUUUGUCAAACAGCUUGAGAGUGCUCUUCGAUUCGGCAACCCUAUACUCAUUCAAGAUGCAGAGCAUUUAGACCCGAUUCUCAACCAUGUUCUCAAUAAGGAGUACCAGAAAACUGGUGGUCGUGUGCUCAUCCAACUUGGAAAGCAAGAAAUCGAUUUCUCGCCGUCGUUCAAGUUGUUCCUUUCCACUCGCGAUCCUUCGGCUUCAUUCCCGCCAGACAUAUGCAGCCGAACAACCUUUGUCAACUUUACAGUUACUCAGAGCAGUUUGCAAACACAGUCUCUCAACGAAGUAUUGAAAUCUGAACGUCCAGACGUUGACGAACGUCGCACGAACCUCAUCAAGGUGCAAGGCGAGUUCAAGAUCCAUCUUCGCCAACUAGAGAAGAAGCUACUCCAGGCAUUGAACGAAUCUCGUGGAAACAUCCUUGAUGAUGAUAACGUCAUUGAAACUCUUGAGACCCUUAAGAAAGAAGCAUGGGAAAUUUCCAAUAAGAUGGUUGAGACUGAAGGAGUGAUGGCAGAAGUAGACAAUAUCACGCUGCAAUACAACAUCAUCGCAAGAUCGUGCAGCGCCGUCUUUGCAGUUCUCGAACAGCUUCACCAUCUCAAUCAUUUCUACCAAUUUUCUCUUCAAUACUUCGUGGAUAUUUUCAAUGAUGUUCUCCAUAAUAACAAGAGGCUUGCCCAGGAACGCGAUUAUACUGCACGGGUCAACAUUAUACUUCGAGACCUCUUUAUUGCCGCCUUCCAACGGACAUCACUUGGAUUACUCCAGAAGGACCGUGUCACCUUGGCCGUCCUCCUUGCGCAAGCAUCGCCAUACCCAAUGGACAAAGGGCUGAUAGACAUGAUACUGGAUACCACUGUUGAGGGAUGUGAUGUGUCAGCAGAUAGCAACCUCCGAGCACCAGCAAUGUCAGCGCUUGCCCAGAUGUCGGUAUUUAAAUCGACUCUACCAAAUAUCUCCGCAGAGCAAUGGGAAGUGUUCCUUUCGGAAGAAUUCGCAGAGAACUUCGUGCCCAACGUUUGGGAAGAGGGAACAAGCGAGUUUGACCAACAAUUACGGUCCUUGCUGCUUGUUAAACUUCUCCGACUUGAUCGAUUUGUACCCGCUGCAGAGCGCUUUGUUGUGACUGUAUUCGGCAAAGACCUGCUCGAUGACGGUGAUGAUCUGAAGGAAGUUGUUGAACAGGUAACUUCAACUACUCCAAUCGCGCUUAGUUCAAGCCCUGGGUUCGAUGCAAGUUACAAAGUUGAUGGCCUUGUUGAACGAACUCACAGAAGCUGUGCCAACAUUGCCAUGGGUUCGAACGAAGGCCUUGAGAGCGCAGAUAAGGCUAUUAGCAACGCAGCAGCAACUGGAAACUGGGUGCUUGUCAAGAACGUCCAUCUGGCACCUUCAUGGCUCCAGAGUCUCGAGAAACGUCUGGAGUCGCUUAAGCCCCACAAAGACUUCAGGCUCUUCUUAUCCAUGGAGUCAAGUCCUAAGAUUCCGGUUAACCUAAUUAGGGCAUCGAGAGUUCUGAUGUAUGAACAACCGGCCGGAGUCCGUGCAAACGUGAAGGAUUCGCUGUCAUCUCUGAGCCUACGUGCUACGAGUCCACCUGUCGAGAAAGCUCGCCUAUAUCUCCUGUUGUCAUUCCUCCACGCAGUUAUUCAGGAACGACUCCGGUAUGCACCAAGCCUUGGAUGGAAGGGCUUCUGGGAGUUCAAUGAUAGCGAUUAUGAAUGCUCUGCAUUUAUCAUCGAUACCUGGGUUGCGUCAAUUGCCCAGGGCCGUUCAAAUGUCGCUCCACAGAAGAUCCCCUGGGACCUGAUCCGGACGUUGAUCACAGAAACAUAUGGUGGAAAGAUCGACGAUGCUGGGGACUUUGCACUCCUUGCCAAGCUUGUCGAUACUUUCCUGACACCCGCAGCCUUUGAAGACGACCAUAAACUGGUCCCUGACGUGGAAAACGACGAGGCUCUUAUCCUACCAACAUCUACCGGCAUUCAGGACUUCCUCGCAUGGGUGAACCGACUUCCUGAACGAGAACCACCAACGUACCUUGGUCUGCCUGCCAACGCCGAAAAACUACUACUGGUCGGCCACGGCAAGAGGAUGAUCUCGAAUCUGUCAAAGGUUACCACUCUCCUUGAUGAAGGCGAACAAUUGAUGGUUGAAACCGCCACCAUCUAG